AUGCCCGGUGCUGGAGAUGAAGUUCUGGAAGCCGAGGGCACAUACACGUAUCGGCAUCGUUUUUCAUUAAUACCAGAGCAGCGAUCAGAGCUAAAGCCAGCACACUGCGGAAUUAUGGCUAACCGGAUGCCCGGUGCUGGCGAUGAAGUUCUGGAAGCCGAGGGUACAUACACGUAUCGGCAUCGUUUUUGUAAAUAUUUAACACCAUUACGUACUGUCAUCGGCUUAAUAACAAUUAUAGCAACUACCAGAAAGGUUGGUAGCUCCACUGGGCUGCAAGAGGACAGCUUGAAGUAUCACUCGCGAAAUGCUGUGCUUUCAGUGAUCUGGUCAUCGGCAGUACGUUCACUUUUAGCAGUAAGCGAUUUUCUGAUAGGAAUAUAUUUGGCUGUUAUUGGGAUUCCAGUAUUUCUACUCGAAGCCGGUUACAUCAUUCGCCUUUGCUGCGGGGUUGAGGGAGUGUGCUGUCGAACGUUCACGUUGAUCCUCAAUUUCGAUGGAAUCAGGCGUGGAUUGUUGUAUUUAUCUUUUGCAGUGCUUUGUUUUUAUCCAAAGAUUACCGAACCCAGCGUCAUUGCUGGUAAGUAUAUAUUUUGCUACCUGACUUUUCUUUUUUCUAUCGAAAUACUAUAA